AUGUUACAUACAUAAAAUAAAUCACAAACUAGUAGCAUUUACAUUAGCUAUCAUAAAUGAACGUUUGACUCACCGUAGUCUGACUCCGCUGAAGUCAUUGUUGAAGGUUGCUUUUUGUGAAAGAAAAAAACGUAUUAUAAAGUUUAAAAAAUAAGAGUAAUAUAUUAAUGUAAAUAACAAACUCGUAAAUCAAGUACUUACGAAGAUUUUGAACAUCAGCAAAAACGAUGAUAUCUGCAGGACAAUACAUAAACAUUACAUCAUGUUUUACAAAUAACCCUAGUGAAUUAUCAUAAACCUAAUGUAUUAUUAUUAUUAUUAUUAUUAUUAUUAUUAUUAUUAUUAUUAUUAUUAUUAUUAUUAUUAUUAUUAUUAUUAUUAUUAUUAUUAUUAUUGGGGCGGCUUGGUUGUUAAAUGGGUAGCACGUCCGCCUCACAGUUAGGAGGGUGAGGGUUCGAUUCCACCUCCGGCCCUCCCUGUGUGGAGUUUGCAUGUUCUCCCCGGGCCCGCGUGGGUUUUUCUCCGGGCACUCCGGUUUCCUCCCAUAUCCCAAAAACAUGCUUGGUAGGCCGAUUGAGCACUCCAUAUUGUCCCUAGGUGUGAGUGCGAGUGCAAAUGGUUGUUUGUCUCUGUGUGCCCUGCGAUUGGCUGGCAACCGGUUCAGGGUGUCCCCCGCCUACUGCCCGAUGACAGCUGAGAUAGGCUCCAGCACGCCCGCGACCCCCGUGGGGACUAAGCGGUUCAGAAAAUGUAUGGAUGGACAUUGUCUCUCCAGCGCGUCCUGGGUCGUCCCCGGGGUCUCCUACCGGCGGGACAUGCCCGGAACACCUCCCCAGGGAAGCGUCCGGCAGGCAUCCUGACGAGAUGCCCGAGCCACAUCAUCUGGCUCCUCAACGCGGAGGAGCAGCGCCUCUACUCCGAGUCUCUCCCGGAUGACCGAGCUUCUCACCUUAUCUCUAAGGGAGAGGCCGGAUGCCCUGCGGAGAAAACUCAUUUAGGCCGCUUGUAUCCGGGAUCUCGUUCUUUCGGUCACGACCCAUAGCUCGUGACCAUAGGUGAGGAUAGGAGCAUAGAUCGACCGGUAAAUCGAGAGCUUUGUCUUUUGGCUCAGCUCUUUCUUUACCACGACGGACCGGUACAAAGUCUGCAUUACUGCCGACGCUGCACCAAUCCGCCUGUGGAUAUCGCGCUCCAUCCUCCCCUCACUCAUGAACAAGACCCCAAGAUACUUAAAGUCCUCCACUUGGGGCAGGAUCUCAUCCCCGAUCCGGAGAGGGCAUUCCACCCUUUUCCGAUCGAGGACCAUGGACUCGGAUUUGAAAGUGCUGACCCUCAUCCCGACCGCGUCACACUCGGCUGCGAACCGCUCCAGUGAGAGCUGGAGAUCACGGCCUGAAGAAGCCAACAGCUCCACGUCGUCUGCAAAAAGCAGAGACGUGAUGCUGAAGUCCCCAAACCGAACACCCUCAACGCCUCGGCUGCGCCUAGAAAUUCUGUCCAUAAAAAUUAUGAACAGAAUCGGUGACAAAGGGCAGCCUCGGCGGAGUCCAACCCUCACUGGGAACGAAUCUUACUGCCGGAAAUGCAGACCAAACUCUGGCAUCUGUGAUACAGGGACCAAACCGCCCUUAUCAGUUGGCUCCCGAAGCACCCACCCCAGAACCUCCCGAGGGACACGGUCAAAUGCCUUCUCCAAGUCCACAAAAACACAUGUGGACUGGAUGGGCAAACUGCCAUGUACCCUCGAGGAUCCUGCCGAGGGUGUAGAGCUGGUCCAUGGUUCCACAGCCAGGACGAAAGCCACACUGCUCCUCCUGAAUCAGAGGUUCGACCUCCCGACGGACCCUUCUCUCCAGCACCCCUGAAUAGACCUUACCAGGGAGGCUGAGAACUGUGAUUCUCCUGUAAUUGGAACACAUACUCCGGUAGCCCUUCUUAAAGAGGGGAACCACCACCCCAGUCAGCCAAUCCGACGAAGCUGCGUUCCGCUUGGCCAUCCGGUACCUGUCAGCUGCCUCCGGACUCUCGCAGGCCAACACGGGCCGAUAGGACUCCUUCUUCAGCUUGACAGCAUCCCUUACCGCCGGUGUCCACCAGCGGGUUCGGGUAUUGCCGCCACAACAGGGAACAACGACUUUACGGCCACAGCUCCGGUCGGCUGCCUCAACAAUGGAGGCGCGGAACAUGGUCCACUCGGACUCAAUGUCCCCCGCCUUACCCGGGACGUGUGAAAAGCUCUGCCAGAGGUGGGAGUUGAAGUUCUUCCUGACAGGGGAUUCCAGACGUUCCCAGCAGACCCUCACAGAGCGUUUGGGUCUGCCAGGUCGGACCGGCAUCUUCCCCCACCAUCGGAGCCAACUCACCACCAGGUGGUGAUCAGUUGACAGCUCCGCCCCUCUUUUCACCCGAGUGUCCAAAACAUGUGGCCAAAAAUCCGAUGACACGACUACAAAAUCAAUCUUCAGCCUAGGGUGUCCUGGUGCCAAGUGCACACAUGGACACUCUAAUGCUUGAACAUGGUGUUCAUUAUAGAAAAUCCGUGUCGAGCACAGAAGUCCAAAAAUAGAACACCGCUCGGGUUCAGAUCGGGGGGGGCCAUUCCUCCCAAUCACGCCCUUCCAGGUCUCACUGUCAUUGCCCACAUGAGCAUUGAAGUCACCCAGUAGAACGAUGGAGUCCCCAAAAGGAGUGCUCUCCAGCACUUCCUCCAGGGACUCCAAAGAUGGUGGGUACUCUGAGCUGCCGUUUGGUGCAUAAACACAAACAACAGUCAGGACCCGUCCCCCCAGCCGAAGGCGGAGGUAGGCUACCGUCUCGUUCAGCGGGGUGAACCCCAAUGUGCAGGCGCCCAGCUGUAGGGCAAUAAAUAUACCCACACCGGUUCGACGCCUCUCACCGUGGGCAACUCCAGAGUGGAAGAGAGUCCAGCCCCUCUCGAGAGGGCUUGUACCGGAACCCAAACUGUGUGUGGAGGCCGACUAUAUCUAGUCUGAACUUUUCUGCCUCGCACACCAGCUCGGGCUCCUUUCCAGCCAGAGAGAUGACAUUCCAUGUCCCAAGAGCCAGCUUCUGCAGCCGGGGAUCGGAUCGCCAAGGUUCCCCGCCUUUGGCCGCCGCCCAGCUCGCUUUGCUCCCGACCCCUCCUACAGGUGGUGAGCCCAUGGGAAGGGAGACCCACGUUUUCUUUUCGGGCUGUGCCCGGCCGGGCCCCAUGGGCGAAGGCCCGCCCACCAGGCGCUUGCCUUCGAGCCACACCUCCAGGCCUGGCUCCAGAGUGGGGCCCCAGUGACCCGCGUCCGGGCCAGGGAAAACUAGGUCCAUAUAUUUUUAUCAUCAUAAGGGGUCUUCUGAGCCGUUCUUGGUCUGGCCCCUCACUUAGGAACCUUUUGCCAUGGGUGACCCUACCAGGGGCAUGAAGCCCCAGAUAACAUGGCUCCUAGGAUCAUAUGGGCACGCAAACCCCUCAACCACGAUAAGCGCACUCCGACUCAGCUGAUCAGAGCUCAUUCGCUGGCUUGUCCUCUCAAAUGAUCGAUGGUCGUCUGUCCCAAACUAACUUCAAACUUGGCGGGUUUAUCUUCAUCAUGAGAAGUCAGGGACAUGACCCAAGAUGGCCCCAGCCAGCCAAGAUGGCCCCAGCCAGCCAAGGUGGCCCCAGCCAGCCAAGGUGGCCCCAGCCAGCCAAGGUGGCUCCAGCCAGCCAAGGUGGCUCAAAGGAAGUUGGAAGCAUGGUUUUCGAAACAGAGCGUCUGGUGGAGUCAAGAAGGCUCCUGGAAGCCCACGCCUACCUGAUGAAUCUGGAACAAUGGCAGGAUGACAUCCUCUGGCAGCUUAAUGGGGCUGCUGGGAUGCAAGGAAGUGAGCUCAGCACUGAUGACCAGGAGCUGGUGUCCAAAUACUUCUCAGGUGUUAGGAAACUGGGGGAGUCUCUGGGAAAGGAGCUGUGGGGAGUUGUGAGAAAUACCUUUGCUGUAGUUCACCAAAACCCCACAUCGUUUGUAUCGACUGUGAGGAUUAUAGAGCGAGAAGAGGCUAUUGACAGAGUUCUGCUGGAGGAACGAGCUAAGGGCAAUGCCAGGCCCCUAUCCCCUGGACGACCUCGCUGCUGGAGAGCACGUUUCUUCCAGGUUCUGGAGGAAGUGGUGACUGCUCGGUUUCGUGGUAUGUCUUACCUUCACACACAGGGUCCAGGUUUGGUAGGGCGUCUCUCUACUCUGCAGGAUGCUGUUAUGUCCGAUCUGGCCACAGUACGCCACUUGCUGGAGCCCUGCGUCCCACCACACUACCGGCUAACUAGAGCCUACCUCAAGGCGAUUCACUACUGUUUACAUGCUCACUUGACACAGGUUAGCAGUUGGGACCUGGAGAGCGGGGAGAUUUUCGCUGUGCUCAACUGGGUACUACAUGUCUACAACAGCUCUGAAAUGAUGGGUCAUCCAGAGCUGCUGUAUGACAUGAAGGGGGAAGAGCUGGAACCUCUGAUCUCUCCUGAGGGUCUAGAGCAACUUCAGACCAAAUAUGUCUCAAGUGUUCGGAAGAGUGUGUCUGAAUGGAUGCAUAAAGCUCUGCAGGUGGAGCUGCAAGACUGGCAAAGGGACCAGGAGCCAGAGACAAACCAUGAAGGUUUCUACCAAACCAGCCUACCAACUAUCAUCACUCAGAUGUUGGAAGAAAAUGCCCGUGUGGCCCUAAUGAUUGGCAAAUCCCUCAGAAACCAAAUAAUCCAAAUGGGGCUGUGUGAAAUGGAGAACCUUCUCAACAGAUUUCGAGAAGCUCUGGUGGGAUUUGGGAAGGAGCGUUGCAGCGAUCCAAUUAACAGCAAAAGCAAGUUCUACCUCCACUAUCUACUUGCCUCCAUUAGUAACUGUAUCAUUCUCAAAAAAUCUACAGAGAACCUUCAACAGCAACAGUCAUCCUGCGAAACAGAACCGUUUUCACGAGCUCCUCCCAACCCAUUGGCAGCUCUGGAUCGAGUAGUACAAAGGGCUUGUCGCUUGUCAAUGGAUCAGCUCCUGCUGGACCUAAAGCCAUUCCUCACUGGCCUACUGACACGGCCCUGGCUGAUUCAGGGAGAGCCCACUCCCAAACUCUGCCAGAUCCUGGAAUAUCAUCUGGACCUGUACAGCCAUGUUCAACUGCCUUGCCGACAGCGUCUGCAGGAGGAAGCCCAGUGGUUGACAGUGGUGGAGUAUGUCAAAGCAUUGAUGCAGAAGAGGCUGGUAUGUCGCAGUGCUGAGGAAAGGAGGAAAUUAACUCAGCAGAUGGUUAAGGAUGACCAGCAGUUUCAAGAAAUUUUCCAUGGUGUGGCAGGUGAUGGGUUACAAUCUGAAAUGGAACCAUUGACCUUACUUCCAGUCUUGGCUGAUUUCAUCAAACUUCAAGACCCCAGCAUGCUCCCUCUUGAGGUGUCUGAACUUGCAACAAAAUAUCCCGACGUCGGUGAAGAGCACGUGUCUGUGUUGCUGGACAUCCGUGGUGACGUCUCCAGGGACACAAGAGUGUCCGUACUGGAGCUUCUGCAACAGAGUACCACCCCUCUGCAAGCUGCAUACCGUCCUAUUUUCACAGAUAUCCAGGUGUCUCCUUCAACUAUGGCCUUCUGCCUACCAACUGCCAAAUGUACAUGAUGAGAGACUUUGCACCUGUAGACUCUGAAUAGAGCAAACGAUCAUCCCAACAUGCAUGUUGGUGUGCGGGAUGCUUUGACAUUACACAAUUGUUUUUACUUUUUGGGAAAUGAACAAGCUACAGUAUGUUUUUGAUUUACAGUCAUUCACAGGUCCUAUGUAGUUCCAGUGCAACCUCCAGCUGAACGCAAUUUAUUCCAUGAUGCUUGGGUGACUUCCACGUUGUGUCAUUUCAAAAUAAAUGUUAAUGUUGUGUCCUUAAUAUGAUAGGUGCAUAUAUUGAUAAGAAUAUAAACUUUACUCCUGUUAAGAUUCUGCAUAUAGUUUUUCCAGAUCUACUGACCAAGCCAAGGUGAACUAUAAACCCCAAUUCCAACUAACUUGGGAUGUUCUGUAAAACACCCCUCUGUGAGUCAUCACCUUAUCAUUGUGGAGGGGUUUGCGCGUCCUAAUGUUAUGUGUUUUGGGGUGUUCUCGUGUUUCCUUUGUCUUUUAGCUUUGAUUUGCUUUGAUGGCUUUUAUCUUGAGCACUUUCUGGCUUUCUUUGUGGCGCCGUUCUGUGGCAGCCUUAUGAGAGCCUAUUGAGUUGCGCUCAUGUCAUCUGUGUGUCUUUUGUAUACCCACUCUGUGGUAUGGAUACUGCUGGGGCCUGAAUUCCCCCACCCCUG